AACAUAUUAUCAAAAAUGUUUAAGGUUUGCAAUGCUCUCCCUGCCUUCAUCGAUUAUCUCCCAGGAAGCCAUAACAGAGUAAUUAAAAAUUUUGCUGAAAUAAAAAGUUAUAUUUUGAGACGAGUAAAAGAACAUCAGGAAACACUGGACAUGGACAAUCCUCGGGACUUCAUUGACUGUUUUCUGAUCAAAAUGGAACAGGAAAAACACAAUCCCCAUACUGAGUUUACUAUUGAAAGCUUGAUGGCUACUGUAAGUGAUGUAUUUGUAGCUGGAUCAGAAACCACAAGUACUACCCUGAGAUAUGGACUCUUGCUCCUACUGAAACACACAGAGGUCACAGCUAAAGUCCAGGAAGAGAUUGAUCACGUCAUUGGCAGACACAGGAGGCCCUGCAUGCAGGACAGGACCCGCAUGCCCUACACAGAUGCGAUGGUGCACGAAAUCCAGAGAUAUAUUAACCUCAUCCCCAACAAUGUGCCCCAUGCAGCUACCUGUAAUGUUAGAUUCAGAAAUUAUAUAAUUCCCAAGGGCACGGACUUAGUAACAUCACUGACUUCUGUGCUACAUGAUGACAAAGAAUUUCCCAACCCAGAAGUAUUUGACCCAGGCCAUUUUCUGGAUGAGAAUGGGAACUUUAAGAAGAGUGACUACUUUAUGCCUUUCUCAACAGGAAAGCGAAUGUGCGUGGGAGAGGCCCUGGCUCGCAUGGAGCUGUUUUUGCUUCUGACCACCAUUGUACAGAAUUUUAACCUGAAAUCUUUCAUUGAUACAAAGGACAUUGACACUACUCCAAUGGCCAAUACCUUUGGCCGUGUACCGCCUUCAUACCAGCUGUGCUUCAUUCCUCGUUAAAGCAGAGCACACUGGGCUGUUGCUAUGCUGGUGUCUGUGACUAAUCAGGGGCAAUCCAGUUUCCACUGUUAGGAACAUCUCUCUCAAUUCUCCUCUCACAUCUCUUCAUUCUCUCACAAUACAGUUAUCAUCCAUCUUUGUUUAAGAGGUUUUCCCAGAGUUAUCACGCAAAUCUAUCCUUUGUCUCCCACAGUCUAUAACACUUAUAUUGAUUGUGAACUGUACUAAGACACGUGCUGGGUUACUAAUAUGUUAUGGGUGUAAUACAGAAUAGUUCAACUGAGAGCCAUAUCUUCUUUGCUUGAUUCAAAAUAAAAGGAGUUAUUAACUGAAGAGUCAUUUUUCAGGCUUUUUUUUUUUUACACAUAAUACAUAUAAGGAAUGAAAAAGUAAGGUUAGUGUUAUAAUGCAUAAUGGGAUAUCAUCUUUUACCUAUUAGGAUGGGGAUUUGGAAAUUAAAAUGAAACUGAAAAUAAAAGAAUUGGUAAUAAA